AUGGGAAAGUCCCGGCUUCCGACUGGCAGACCAGCAGGAGUGCAGCAGCCCAUUCGAUAUUUUGCCGUCUGGGAAUCGCCAAAGUGCGAGCGAAGCAGGAGCCAACACCCACCCAUUCCUUCCAUUUCCUCCCUGAGUACACAGCAGUACGUACCAAGCUGUCCGCCCAUCUCCAACCACAGAAGGACCCGCUCCGCCUACAACCUGCCUGCUAUCCGAACGGACGUCGGAAGCUGCGGACGAUCUGAGGAAAAGCUCCCAUCACACACUUUCCUUGGUGUUUCCGCACGCAUUGAAACAUUGCGAAUGCGAAAGCAACACCAACACUGCCCGACAUUCAUGACUUGGCAAAUAUUCUGUGCCUGUGUGGGUGUUGACGAAAGAAGAACAUCCUUCAACAUCAAAGUCGCUGACAGCAUCCACACGCACCUGCGCUACUCUACUGUGCACCUACACUGCCCCGACCCGCAUCAUCUCACGUGGGUUCAACUAGCACACGAAAGAGAAACCUAUAGACACUACAGGGGACUUCCUGGAUAUCGAAGAGACCUACCGCAUACCACUACUCCGUACGGAUACUUUGUAUGGAUACUGCUGCGAAGAAGGGGAAAAUACACCCUACCCGAUCUCUACAGUCUACAGUACCUCACCGUGAAAAGAUUAGAGUUCCCCGUAUCCGGCUGCAUUCCCUACCCGCAAGGUGCCACAGAUCCCCCUCCGCUCCGGCCAUGGCACCUGCUCCUGACCGUUCUUCGAAAUAUCGGGCAAUAUCCCAUACCAUACCGCCGGAAAUUCCCGUCGAAACGUUCACACCACACCCAAAGCACAAUCGUUCGAGUCCACAAUGCCUUUGUAUCGUUCCCGUCCGAUCCGCCUUCUCGGAGCCGCAAAUUUAACACGACUCAAGCGAAGAGAGAAAGGGAUUGCAUCUCCACCCACCCAUCCAUCCCCGCCUCUCUGGACCAGCCGGGCUCGCGCGCCAACUUGGGCUACCAAACAUCAGCCGACCAGCCAACCAGUCGAGACCUCACGCUACCUUUGGUCUUACACGUUGAUCCUCCUUCUGCGCACACUCUUGUAAAUACUGUAUACCGUACAGUAAGACGCUGUAUCUCUGCUCUUGGGGCAGAGCAUAAGAUUCGGCGAAACUCGACCUCACGUAACAUGUCCAAGCCUGCCUUGCUGCGUAACAGAGCACGCGGCUGCGACAAGAGGCACAUCAGAUGGAAUUGCUUACGUCCAAGCUCCAUGGGCAUAAUCGGUGGGGCGUCGGACCUGAAAUCGAAGACGGCUGCGUCGGUUCUGAUUAAGCCUUACCUCUGUCGUGGCCAUGACACAUCACCGGAGAGCAUCAUGGGGCUGAUCAUUUGGGAAUCGUUGAAAGUCACAUCACAAUUAGGAGACCGAAUGUUAAGGUGGGAAAAUAGGGAUUCAAUGCCCAUGUGUCUCUCAACUCUAUCGUCAGUGCUUACAAGCUGGCCGCUUCUCUUUCGAAAAGCAGCCAGCCAAGCCUCUUCGCUGCUCGGCCACCGGAGGCAGCUCCCCAUAACCACCUCUUUCGGUGCCGGCAUUCAACAACAAAAGCCACAAAGCCCUGCUCCCACGACCCAUCAAACCAAGAAAAUACCCAACAAUAUAGGUAAACAAGUAAUGAAAAUCCCAAGCCACCUGGGCUUUUCCCCAUUUUCAUCCUCCAAAACCCGCAGCCAGAACAUCUGA